AUGGCUCACCAUAUUUCAUUUCUUUGGAUAGUUUUGGUCCUGCUUCUUCAGAAUUCUGUAUUAGCUGAAGAUGGGGAAAUAAGAUCAAGUUGUCGUACUGCUCCGACAGAUUUAGUUUUCAUCUUAGAUGGCUCUUACAGUGUUGGCCCAGAAAACUUCGAAAUAGUGAAAAAGUGGCUUGUCAAUAUCACAAAAAACUUUGACAUAGGACCAAAGUUUAUUCAGGUUGGUGUGGUCCAGUAUAGUGACUACCCUGUAUUGGAGAUUCCUCUUGGAAGUCAUGAUUCAGGAGAGAAUUUGAUGGCAGCAGUGGAAUCCAUACAUUACCUGGGCGGAAACACAAGAACCGGAAAGGCCAUCCAGUUUGCACUUGAUUACCUUUUUGCCAAGUCCUCACGGUUUCUGACUAAGAUAGCAGUAGUACUUACUGAUGGUAAAUCCCAAGAUGAAGUUAAAGAUGCAGCAGAAGCAGCAAGAGACAGUAAAAUAACAUUAUUUGCUAUUGGUGUUGGUUCAGAAACAGAAGAUGCAGAACUUAGAGCAAUUGCAAAUAAGCCUUCAUCUACUUAUGUGUUUUAUGUGGAAGACUAUAUUGCAAUAUCCAAAAUAAGGGAGGUGAUGAAGCAGAAACUUUGUGAAGAAUCUGUCUGUCCAACACGAAUUCCAGUGGCAGCUCGCGAUGAGAAAGGGUUUGAUAUUCUUUUAGGCUUGGGUGUAAAGAAAAAGGUUAAGAAAAGAAUCCUGCUUUCACCAACAAAGAUAAAAGGAUAUGAAGUGACAUCAAAAGUUGACUUAUCAGAAUUCACAAGCAAUGUUUUCCCCGAAGGUCUUCCUCCAUCAUAUGUAUUUGUCUCCACUCAGAGAUUUAAGGUCAAGAAAAUGUGGGAUCUAUGGAGAAUUUUAACCAUUGAUGGAAGGCCACAAAUAGCAGUUACCUUAAAUGGUGUGGAUAAAACGUUACUCUUUAUAACAACCAGCAUAAUUAAUGGCUCACAAGUGGUCACUUUCGCUGACCCUCAAGUUAAGACAUUAUUUGAUGAAGGCUGGCAUCAGAUUCGUCUCUUAGUAACAGAACAAGAUGUAACUCUGUAUAUUGAUGAUCAACAAAUUGAAAACAAGCCCUUACAUCCAGUUUUAGGGAUCUUCAUCAGCGGGCAAACUCAAAUCGGAAAGUAUUCUGGGAAAGAAGAAACUGUUCAGUUUGAUGUCCAGAAGUUGCGAAUCUACUGUAACCCAGAACAGAACAACCGAGAGACAGCAUGCGAGAUUCCUGGAUUUAAUGGUGAGUGCCUCAAUGGUCCCAGUGAUGUAGGUUCAACCCCAGCUCCCUGUUUCUGUCCUCCAGGAAAGCCAGGACUACAAGGCCCCAAAGGUGAACCUGGACAGCCUGGGGACCCUGGCUACCCUGGACAAUCUGGUCAAGAUGGUAAGCCUGGAUAUCAGGGAAUUGCAGGAUCACCAGGUGUCCCAGGAGCCCCAGGAGUACAAGGAGUCCCAGGACUACCAGGUUACAAAGGAGAACCAGGGAGAGAUGGUGAAAAGGGUGACCGUGGACUUCCUGGUUUUCCUGGGCUUCACGGAAUACCAGGAUUAAAGGGUGAAAUGGGCCCCAAAGGAGAUAAAGGAUCAACUGGAUUUUAUGGCAAAAAGGGUGCAAAAGGGGAAAAGGGAAAUGCUGGAUUUCCUGGCCUUCCUGGACGUGUUGGAGAACCAGGAAGACAUGGAAAGGAUGGAUUAAUGGGUAGUCCUGGUUACAAGGGAGAAGCAGGACCUCCAGGUGCUCCAGGUCAGGAUGGAUCACGAGGAGAGCCUGGAAUGCCAGGAUUUCCUGGAAACCAAGGAUUAAUGGGACAGAAAGGAGACAUUGGGCCUCCAGGACCACUAGGAAAAAAAGGAGCUCCAGGGAUUCCUGGUUUGAUGGGACAUGAUGGCUCGCCCGGUCAGCCUGGAACACCAGGAUCUAAGGGAAAUAAAGGUGAACCUGGACUUCAAGGGAUGCCUGGGGCUUCUGGACUAAAGGGAGAACAAGGAGCAGUAGGUCCCCCAGGAGAACCAGGGUACCUGGGUUUACCUGGAAUUCAAGGAAAAAAGGGGGACAAAGGAAGUCAAGGUGAAAGAGGCAUUCAGGGCCAAAAGGGAGAAAAUGGAAGACAAGGGAUCCCAGGGCAACAGGGAAUUCAAGGCCAUCAUGGUGCAAAAGGAGAGAGAGGUGAAAAGGGAGAGCCUGGUGUCAGAGGUGCCACUGGACCAAAAGGAGAGUCUGGGGUGGACGGCCUGAUGGGGCCUGUGGGUCCCCAGGGGCAGCGUGGGGAAGCAGGUCCUCAGGGACCUCCAGGAUUGGAUGGGAAACCCGGUAGAGAAUUUUCAGAACAGUUUAUUCGACAAAUUUGCACUGAUGUAUUAAGAGCUCAGCUACCAGUCUUACUUCAGAGUGGAAGAAUUCAAAGUUGUGAUCAUUGCCAGUCCCAACACGGUUCCCCUGGCAUUCCUGGGCCACCUGGUCCCAUAGGCCCGGAAGGUCCUCGAGGAUUUCCUGGUUUGCCAGGAAGAGAUGGUGUUCCUGGGUUAGUGGGUGCUCCUGGACAUCCAGGUGCCAGAGGAUUAAAAGGUCUACCAGGAAGAAAUGGGGCAAAAGGGAACCAAGGGUUUGGGUACCCCGGAGAACAAGGUCCUCCUGGUCCCCCAGGUCCAGAGGGCCCUCCUGGAAUAAGCAAAGAAGGUCCUCCAGGAGACCCAGGUCUCCCAGGCAAAGAUGGAGAUCAUGGAAAACCCGGAAUCCAAGGGCAACCAGGACCUCCUGGCAUCUGCGAUCCAUCGCUAUGUUUUAGUGUAAUUGUCGGAAGAGAUCCGUUUAGAAAAGGACCAAACUAUUAGUGCCUGAUGCCUCAUUCAGCAACCUAGGCAUGGUGCUUUUCUCUUAUGGCCUUUUGCAUCUCAGGAAGAUA